UCAAUUUCAUAUUCUCCAAUGGCAGCUGACGAAGAUGCUGAUGUUUUUGAGAUUACAGAUUUUACUACAGCCUCUGACUGGGAAAGAUUUGUGGCCCGUCUUGAGGAACUCUUACAUGAGUGGAAGUUAGUGAACCACAAUCCUCUUCCUCCAGCCCCAAGGGGCAGUCUUAGUACAGGAAAAUGGUGUGAGAAAACAGAGACCAUCAACUUUGCAGACUUUGUAUUUUUGGUAACAUACAAAUAUUUGGAGCGAAAUGACAUUCAGAAAACAGGAGAGGAGCAGAGACCAAGUCCAGAUGAUGAGUCUGAAGAAAAAGAAAGCUCAGAGGAUACUUUGCCUACAGUUAUGGCUGACAUGAUGAGUCUAGAUAAUGACUUCCCAUCAAAAUCCCACUGUCUUUCUAGAUGGUAUGGCUUGCAGGAGUUUCUUGUCAUAACACCAUCUCAAACUUCUGCAGCCAUAGAUAGUGAAAGUAGAGCUAAAAUUCUACUGAGCUCGGUAUCCAUUGCAUUAAACAACACUGGAAGCCCUUUACCAGUGUUCAUACAAGUGCAGCAGUACUGGAGAAAGAUGUUUUGUGGGGCGUGUGUGCUGCCAGGGUCCUCAAUAGACUUUGAUGUCAUUCACUUGAAGACAGCCCCUCCUCAGUAUAACCAUCUUUCAGGACUCCUGGAUGUCUUCAAGGCUAAAAUGGCAACACAAAUAAUGCCGAGACCUACUGUGAUGGUAGCAGUGAGAUUUACAUACAUACUAACAGAGUGGCACAAUACUGCCUGGCCUCAGGAACCACCAGUUUCUUUUAUUCGCAAAGAUUUUUCAUCUCUCAUGGAAGAUGAAGUUGGUUGUUCAGAUUUUGGGAAUCUACCAUUUGGAGCUUGUGAAGAUCCUGUGAGUGAAAUGCAACUUGCAUGCACUUGGCCUAGUUUAUCAGAGGAUAUGAUUGUUGAAAACCAAAGUUACAGUGACCUUGACCCAAUGCAAGCACCACAGUGGGCAGCCCGCAUUAUCAUGACAGAAGAUCCAAACUGUCUACUUGGUAAAUACUUGAGUGAGUUUCUGAAAAUUGCGCACAGAAAAGAGACAGUGGAGGAUCUGUUGUGGAAUGUCUUAUCUAAAGAGGAAGAUGAUCAGACAGCUGAUAUUAGUCAGGCUCUACAGAAACUGACAGAACCGAAAGUGGCCAAAAUGUACAACAUUCCUUCUCUUAGUAAUGUGGUCCAUAGUGCUAGCAGCAGACUGGCCAUCAAACCUGGACAGGCACCAAUUAAUGGGGACACUCUCACAGCACUGCUAGAUUUCUUAUUUCCUGAUGCAAAACCAAAUUGGGAGAAAGAUGACAAAAGUGAAAGUGAAAAUGAAAGUAACAAACCAAACAGUAAAUAUUCCCACAUCAGAGAGAAUUUGUCAAAGCAGCUGAAGUCUGCCCCUGAUGGUAGUCUUCUGCAUAAUUUAGUCAUUGCAUUGGUGAUGGUAAACAUGCAUCAUGGAGGAAUUCGGGGUGUUGCCCAGUUAUGGCAAGAGUUUGUCCUAGAGAUGAGAUACCGGUGGGAGAACAAGUACCCAAUCAGUGGAAUUAGUCCAGGGUCACCAAACUUGGGAACUUGUCUUCUCUAUCAAAAGUUACAGAUGCUGAAUUGUUGUAUAGAAAGGAAGAUAAAGAGAGAACAGUUGUUCAAAGGUUACACGGGACAGAGUGCAGAUGAUAUGACAGAUUCUGGAAGUCCUGAUGAUGUAAUGUCUAGUCACUUAUCUACCUCAGACUCUGAAAUAUGUGGUGCUAAUGAAUCAGAAGAGAGUAGAUAUGAAUCUAAACAGCAUUCAAAACGAGAUGAUGAGAAAGAAAAGGAGGAUAUCCCAGCCAAAAGACCACAUUUGGACAGUUCUAGUGACGAUGAGUUUUUUGAGUGUGGAGAUGAGGGGGAAGACAGUGAGGAUGGAUGUACAGAGAUGGAAGUAGAGACUGUAAUGGCAAAGGAUAAAUCAGCAGCAGAUGGAGAUAUGGUCUCUUUGGAAAUGUCUAUGACAAGCUCCUCCUCUUAUGUGGACACUGCCACAAACAAACCAGAGGGGCGGCUGGCAAAGUCGGGGGAUCUCAAACUUCUAAACUCAGAGGAACCGCUGUAUAUUCCUAUCACACAGGAUCCCUCUCCCAUGACAGAAGACAUGCUGGAGGAGCAUGCAGAGGUUCUAGCCAGGCUAGGUACUUCAUCAGAGGGAGCCCAGCUGAGGGCAAGGAUGCAGAGUGCAUGUCUUGUGUCAGACAUGGAGUCAUUUAAAGCAGCCAAUCCAGGCUGUGUUGUUGAAGACUUUGUCAGGUGGUAUUCACCAAGAGACUGGGUGGAGGAUGAAGACUCAACAAAGGAAAAUCCUAAAGGUCAUCUGAGCACAAGGAUGCAAAUCCCUGGUAACAUCUGGAGUGAGGCCUGGCAGAGUGCCAAACCAGUGCCAGCAAGGAGACAGAAGAGGCUGUUUGAUGACACUAAGGAAGCUGAAAAGGUACUGCAUUUCCUGUCUGCCAUGAAGCCAGCAGAUGUGGUGGUUCACUUCCUACCUAUGUUGCUACAUUCAUCUAUUUUCAAAAUCAUUGAUAAUGAGGACUCGGAUAUUCCAAAACUGAAAGAUAUGAUAGAACACUUGGUGUCAAAAGCCUCUAUGGUUACUAGGACUCCUCACCAAGAGGUCAGGAGAUAUGAGGAUUUAGUCAAGCUGAUGACCCUAGCAGAAACUUUGAUAGCAAGGGCAACAUCCCUGAAGGCUAAAUUUCCCAAUUCUCUCGAGGAGAGCUCGAGUGGAAAAGAAGAUGUGGGGAAAUUCAUCAGUGACCUCCUCCACCAUACUGAGGUCCCUAUUAAUGGUGGACCAACAGGACCAGUAGGGAACAUGAUCCACAAGCUGUUUGUGGCGGCUCAGAAGGACUUGCAUAUGGUCAUAGAAGAUGAGGACAGCAAUGACGAUAUCAGCAGUAAUACUGUACCAGACUUCCCCAAACCCACAGCUCGGGAGUACAUACUGAGGACAGCUGCACCAAGACCAGCACCAUAUUCUAAAUCUCUACCACAUAAAAUGACUUGUUGUAUUAUUGAGGGACAUGAAUUCCGACUGGCAGGAGCAUUUUCCACAGACACCAUAUUUCAGUAACGAUGAUCAAUGAAGAAGUUUUAUUUAUGAAUCUUUGUGAAGUAAAUUUUGGGAUAUCACGACAUAAAUUUACUUUAAGUAUUUCAAGAAUUAGCAUGCUUCACAUUUUAGAAGUGCUGGCCACUAAAAAUGCAUAAUUGACACAUGUUACAAACAAAAUCUUUUCUGGACGAUAAGUUUAUAUUAAAUUGCAAACAUUAUGAAUAGAUUAUGUUGAAAAUUGGAAGAAAAUGUACCUUUUUACAGGGGUAAAAGUUUUGUUUUCUUGAAUUAUGCAACAUACGAAAUAUGUAUUUUCCUAUUCUGUUAUUGUAUGCACCAUUUAUUAUUUUAGGAAUUGGGAGAUAUAUUAUUUGCAAACAAGCAAGGCUUGUUGAUGAAAGAAAGGAAAGUUUUUUUGUAUCAUUCAGUCAGAGAUAAAAGCUUCAAACUUUACAUGUAAAGUCUGUAAGGAGGAUUUGGCUUAACUAUUGUGCUUAACAAAUGUCUUUCUAGAUUUUUUUUUGGGGGGGGGAGGGGGGUCACUUGGUAUCAUGGUAUUUAAAAAAAUAUCUCAGUAACAGACAUUAUUCAAUGUUUGCAUUAUGGAUGUUGUUCUUUGUAUACACAAUAAAAACUGAAUGAAACUGCC